GUUUGCGCAAUUCAUCUGAAACGAAUCUGUGUAUUUCCCUGCGAUCAUCACGGAGAAUUUAGUUUGUUUUACAUAGACUGCGAAGCAGUCAAAUUGAGAUUACAACUGUUCGUUGCAAACCGUCUUGCUGUCUUUCUUCUAUUACCCGAGCUUCUGUUUCUCUGCUCUUCUAUCAAAUCACCAUGUCGACCUUCGAUGACCCAGCUGAGUGCCCACUAUGCAUGGAACCUUUGGAAUUGGAUGAUGUCAAUUUCUUCCCAUGCACAUGUGGUUAUCAGAUUUGUCGGUUCUGUUGGCAUCGUAUUCGUACAGAUGAGAAUGGUUUAUGUCCCGCGUGCAGGAAGGGUUACCCUGAAUGCCCUGCAGACUUCAAACCACUCUCAGAGGAACAGUUGCAUCGGAUAAAGAAUGAGAAAAGACAGAAAGAUAUUCAGCGUAAGCAGAAGAUCACAGAAAACAGAAAACAUUUAGCCAGUGUAAGAGUUGUUCAGAAGAAUCUAGUUUUCGUUGUGGGCCUGUCACAAAGAUUAGCAGAUACCGAAAUUUUGAAAAAAAACGAAUACUUUGGGAAAUUUGGCAAGAUUCUCAAAGUGGUCAUCAACCAGAACACAUCGUAUGCAGGCAGUCAGUCUCAUGGGCCGAGUGCCAGUGCGUACGUUACGUAUCAGAGGGCGGAAGAUUCAUUACGAGCAAUACAAGCAGUCAACAAUGUCCACGUCGAUGGCAGGACGUUAAAAGCAUCGUUAGGGACGACCAAAUACUGCAGUCAUUUUCUGAGGAAUUCACAAUGUCCAAAGCUGGACUGUAUGUAUUUACAUGAGUUGGGUGACGAGCAUGCCAGCUUUACCAAGGAAGAUAUGCAAAUGGGGAAACAUCAAGAAUAUGAACAGAAGCUAAUGCAUGACCUCUUAGGGGGUGGUAGCAGCCACAGUCCAGGUUCCUCUACCACUAGUACCACACACAACCACACAGUUGCUACCACAGCGUCAACAUCAGCAACAACUAACUCAUCAAGUGCUGCAAGCAAUGCUGCAACGUCAUCGUCGUCUGGCGGAGAGAGAACAAGGUCACAGUCAAAUACAAGAAAAAAGCAGCCGUCACCGCCCACCACACAGAAGUCCAACAGUAGAGGGAGCCCUAGCAUACCGACCGAUUCCUGGCCAUCGUUAUUAAGUAAAACCAGCAACGCUGAGGGAGGCGAUGAUACGACACUAGGGGAAGAAACACACUCUACAGUAAACAGCCAUACAACAAGAGAAACACCAUCAGACAUAGUGGACACCACAGACCCGCUGCCUACACUCUUACCGCCCUCAACCAACGGUCUGACGACAGACCUACACGACACCCUUUCACAUCCGAACAACAACGCGGCGCCCCCUAUUGAUAUACCCAACAAGAGAGUGAUGACGGAGACGAGUAGUCUGAACGGCACACCUCAUGAAGCCUCACCACAGGUGCAAUCAAUCCCCGAUCUGGCCCCACCCCCGGUGACAGACACCAGGCAGCAGCCCCCGUCAGGUCCCUCAGGACCCCCUCCUAACCUGCCCCACCCUGGUAGAGGUGGCCCCUUUGGGGACAUCUCGCACCUCUUUGGAGGCAACGGGUUCAUCCCCCCGACCAACCUGCAGAGACACAUACCCGCUGUGCCAAUACCUGGCAUGCCACAACAGAAUGAUUGGAACAAUAGUGGUUGGACGGCUCCUAGUGAGCUCUUACCUAUGGACGGUCAUACUACAGACUGGCAGGCUGCCUUCGGUUUCGCAUCAGAUCCUAAAGAAACUAAAGAGAAGCACAAUGAUGAUGAUCUCGGCUUCGAUCCAUGGCAGGAGUCCAGCCAGGGUUUAGCGGAUCUGCUGGAGAAGGAACUUCAGUUGAACCAACCCAUGAGGAUCACUCAGCCACCUCCUGGAUUCAACAAUCACAGCCAACCGUUUGUUCCCAUGCAGAGACACGACAGGCCAGCCGGUAGAAGUAAAAUCCUACCCUGGGUACACAGCCAGUCUUCGCCCACAUCAGAAGCCCCGCCCACCGGCCAGACAGGACCCGCCCAUCCCCCGCCAGCCAAUCACAUGCCAAGGUUUCCUCCCCCUCGUUCAUCGAUGCCAGCCCAUUCUCCUCACAAUUCAAACCCAUUGACUGAUAAUGUUCAUCUUAAAACCUGGCAGGACGGGUUGAGGGCGCUAUUACCCAACAUCAACAUCAGCUUCGGCCAAUCACAACAACAGCAUCAACCGCCGCCGUCCUUCCUUGGGGACAUGACAAGGGUCAAUGCACUACAACAAAAUGAAGGUGAUUCAUGGGUGGGCUCUCCUACUGGGUCAUCAUGGGCGGUAGAAGACCCAGCAAUACUCAGUAUCCGAAGCCAGCUGCCAAACUCAGCCGAGCCUAACGGCACCGAGGGUGAAGAGAAGCCCCACUGGUUUGAAUCCCUACAGAACCUCACAGAGACAGACUCCCCCACACACACACCCACACAACAACAGACAAAUCAUUUCUUCCCGACAGAUCACAUACCCAACAGGGCGGGUGUUUCAUGGAACAGCCGUCUUCCACCUCCAGGUUUCAACCCUUCACAAAUCAGACCGCUAGCACAGAAUACAGCUGAGCCACACACAAUUACAGAAAAUUUGUAGCAUCUCAACAGUAAUUUAUGACAAAACAAGCAACGAAGCCCAAGUCCUCCACGACGACGAAUAUUAUAUUUAUGCGUGCAGAUGUCGACUGCGAAGGUCAAAUGGAGUGACCUGUGACCCCUGAUGCCAUACCUGCUUCCAGUUAUGAAUUGUGAUUCUUUAUUUAAUCUAUUUUAUUUCUUCUUCCGUUCGUACGUACGUGCUAUUCGUACAAUGUGAUUUAUACCUGUAUGAUUUCUAGUGAUUGGCGAUUCUGUGCAAUGUGUCCCGUACUAUACAAUGUCUUUUUCCACAUAUUUCGUCCAGAAAUGUAGAAUUUUCUUGAUAAGGCCACUGACUAAUGGUACUUUCUAAUAUCACUAGUACGAUAAAGGCCUGUUCAGAUAUGGCACGAUAAACCGCCGCAAAGAGACCACCACAUCUUUUUUACUAAUGUAUAAAAUGGAUGGUAACUGCGCACAGCAAAUGACUUGCACGUAUUCACUGAGCUCUUUGUUGAAAGAUUCAGAGAUGUGAAGAUUAUUACACCUUACUUCAUCCUAAAAAACUGCAGUGGUUUUGUUAUGUCAUAUCUCCAUCGAGCCGUAAGUCAAAGUCAAUCAAGAGAGUUUUAUUCAUGUAUUAAAAAGUGGAUAUUUGUCGUUAGUCGUACGGAACACAUUGUACUGAAUCGCCCUAGUAUGUCCUCUGUCAUUAUGUUCGAAAUAUAUAACCUAUGUGAAGGGUCCAGUAUUUUUGUAUGAUUUACAUAUCAACCUUGUUCUCUUAUGUAUUACCAUAGCUUUCAGUGUCCAGUAAGGUUUCCUAAAAGUUAAAGUAUUAUCCCAACAGACAGAUAUGUGUCUGUUAAACUAAAGAAAACAAGGACACAUCAUUGGUAGGAGUACCAAAGUGGUACCUUUUUCCCUUAUGUAUUACCAAAGCUUUCAGUGUCAGUAAGGUCUCCUCAAAGUUAAAGUAUUAUCCCAACAGACAGAUAUGUGUCUGUUAAACUAAAUAAAACAUUGACACUUUAUUGGUAGAAGUACCAAAGUGGGCCAUUGCAACCAGUGAAAAAAAGGAAAUUUCAUAUGGGAGUGGUCAGCAAUUUAUCCCCGGAAAGCUCUAAAAACUCUAAAUGAACACUGUUAGAAUGCAUGAAAAUACUUGGAAAUUAAUGC